UAUCUCUCUCUCUCCCUCUCUCUCUCUCUACGUCUGUCUGUCUGUGCCCUCUCUUCCUUUACCUUUAUCCCUCGCAUUUGGCCGUCUCCCCCACCACAAUCAUGGAUCUCGCGGCGAGAUGUUUGCUUCUCCUACCCUGCUUCGGCGUGAUACUGGCCCUCGAUUUGGAAGCGAUCGACCCGAGCUACUUCGUGGAGCCCGUUGCCACAUCAGAUGUGAUCGACUACAAGGAUCCCUGCAAAGCUGCUGCCUUUCUGGGAGACAUAGCCCUAGAUGAGGAGGACUUACGAUCAUUUAAAGUAGACAGAAUAAUAGAUUUGGCCACCAGAACGGUCCAGACUGUCAAUCGCACAAACACAGGAUCAAGCAAUCAGAAUAGCCAAAACAGACAAGGCUCUCGCCGCAGGAAACGGGCUGCCACGUCCAGACCCGAGCGUGUUUGGCCUGAAGGUGUUAUUCCAUAUGUCAUCAGUGGUAAUUUUAGUGGCAGUCAGCGAGCUAUAUUCCGCCAAGCCAUGCGGCACUGGGAGAAGCACACCUGUGUGACCUUCAUUGAGAGGACACAGGAGGAGAGCUACAUUGUCUUCACCUACCGACCAUGUGGUGGGCAAGGAGAUCCACAGUGUGCCACCCCCCCCCCCACAGGAUGCCGCCCUGGACGGCUGCCCAUAUGGUCCAUAUCAGAAACCGCCACUGAACACAUCCAACACAGAAAUCCAGUACUUCAUUACAUCCAGUGCUGCUCCUACGUGGGCCGCCGUGGAGGAGGCCCCCAGGCUAUAUCAAUUGGAAAGAACUGUGACAAGUUUGGCAUUGUAGUGCACGAGCUGGGUCAUGUGAUCGGGUUUUGGCACGAACACACCCGGCCCGAUCGAGACGAACACGUCAGCAUUAUCAGAGACAACAUUCAGCCAGGACAGGAGUACAACUUUUUGAAAAUGGAGCCUGGGGAGGUGGAUUCUUUGGGAGAAGUCUACGAUUUUGACAGUAUCAUGCACUACGCCCGCAAUACAUUCUCCAGGGGCAUCUUCUUGGACACCAUCCUGCCGCGCUACGAUGUGAACGGUGUGCGACCACCCAUUGGCCAGAGAACCAGACUUAGCAAAGGGGAUAUCGCACAGGCACGCAAACUCUACAAAUGCUCCAGAUGUGGGGACAGUCUUCAGGAUAGCAGCGGGAAUUUUUCCUCUCCAGGUUUCCCCAAUGGGUACUCCGCCUACAUGCACUGCAUCUGGAGAAUAUCCGUCACACCGGGAGAAAAGAUCAUUCUGAACUUCACCUCCAUGGAUCUAUACAGGAGUCACCUGUGUUGGUAUGACCAUGUGGAAAUCAGGGAUGGAUAUUGGAGGAAGGCACCACUCAAAGGCCGAUUUUGUGGCGACAAACUGCCCGAGCCAAUCAUCUCCACCGACAGUCGGUUGUGGAUUGAGUUCCGCAGCAGCAGCAACUGGGUGGGAAAAGGUUUCUCUGCCGUUUACGAGGCCAUCUGUGGUGGGGAGGUGAAGAAGGACAGCGGCCAGAUCCAGUCCCCCAACUACCCUGAUGACUACAGGCCUAACAAAGGAUGUGUAUGGAAGGUUACUGUAGCUCAGGGCUACCACGUAGGCCUUACCUUCCAGUCCUUUGAAAUCGAGAGACAUGACAGUUGCGCAUACGACUAUCUGGAGGUGCGUGACGGAAACUCCGAGAACAGCCCCUUGCUGGGCCGCUUCUGUGGCUAUGACAAACCAGAUGACAUCAAAACCAGCUCCAACCAGCUAUGGAUGAAAUUUGUUUCAGAUGGCUCCGUCAACAAAGCCGGAUUUGCAGCCAACUUCUUCAAAGAGAUGGAUGAGUGCUCCAAGCCGGACAACGGUCGCUGUGAGCAACGCUGUGUCAACACGCUGGGCAGCUACAAGUGUGCCUGUGACCCGGGCUAUGAGCUGGCUGCUGACAAGCGCAGCUGCGAGGCUGCCUGCGGAGGCUUUAUCACCAAACUGAAUGGCUCCAUCACCAGCCCUGGUUGGCCCAGAGAGUACCCCCCCAACAAGAACUGCAUCUGGCAGCUGGUCGCCCCCACGCAGUACCGCAUCACUCUGCUCUUUGACGUCUUCGAGACUGAGGGCAAUGACGUUUGCAAGUAUGACUACGUGGAGGUGCGCAGUGGACUUUCAGCAGAUUCAAGGCUGCACGGGAAGUUCUGUGGCACCGAGAAACCCGAAGCCAUCACCUCUCAGUACAACAACAUGCGCAUUGAGUUCAAGUCUGACAAUACGGUGUCCAAAAAGGGAUUUAAAGCACAGUUCUUCUCAGACAAAGACGAGUGCUCCAAGGAGAACGGUGGCUGUCAGCACGAAUGUGUCAACACUUUCGGAAGCUACAGCUGCCAGUGCAGGAGCGGCUUUGUGCUGCACGAGAACAAGCAUGACUGCAAAGAGGCUGGCUGUGAUCACACAGUAACCAGUGUGAGCGGUACCAUCACGAGCCCCAACUGGCCGGAUAAAUAUCCGAGCAAGAAGGCGUGCACCUGGUCGCUCACCACCACGCCAGGCCACCGCAUCAAAAUAGCUUUCAAUGAGCUCGACAUGGAGGCUCAUCUGGAGUGCGCUUACGACCACAUCGAGAUCUACGACGGGAAAGACGGCAAAGCUCAAAGUCUCGGCCGCUUCUGCGGCACCAAGAAGCCGCAGCCCAUCACCUCCAGCGGCAAUAAGCUCUUCAUCCGCUUUUUCUCGGACAACUCCGUGCAGAAGAAAGGCUUUGAGGCGUCCCACUCUGCAGAGUGCGGCGGUCGCCUGAAGGCUGAGGUGAAGACCAAGGACCUGUUCUCCCACGCCCAAUUCGGGGACAACAACUACCCCGGAGCCUCUGACUGUCAGUGGGUCAUCUCGGCCGAGAAAGGCUACGGCGUGGAGCUCAUCUUCCAGACCUUCGAGAUCGAGGAGGAGGCCGACUGCGGCUACGACUACAUGGAACUCUUUGACGGCGCUGACACCAAGUCUCCGCGGCUGGGUCGUUACUGUGGCUCAGGGCCUCCUGAGGAGAUCUACUCCGCCGGCGAUUCCAUUGUAAUCAAGUUCCGCUCGGACGACACCAUCAACAAGAAAGGAUUCCACGUGCGCUACACCAGCACCAAGUUCCAGGACACGCUGCACUCGCGUAAGUGACGAGCGGGGGCCGCAAGGGGCCGCGCGGGGCAAAGGGCCACCCGGAGGGGCCCCAAGGGGAGGCUCCCGCCUAGCGCUCGGAAACCUUCGGCCACCCACGGCAAUCAGACGCGACAGAUCAGCCGCAAGACCACCACCAAGCGCACCUCAGCUCCCAGGGGCUCCAGCUCCACCCGCAGACUGUGAGGAGUAAAGCCAUUCUGCAGUACACCUUGUUUUUACCUUUUUACGCUUGGGCUUUGGCGGACAGCGGCGGCUGGGGGGGGAGUUUAUUGACUUAACCCCCUCCCACCCCGGUUCACUCAGUUUUUUUUUUUUUUUUUUUUUCUAUAGUUUUUUUUUUUUUUUUUUUUUUUAAAAAGGUGCCUCCUAACAAAUGGCACAAGGAAACCAGUGGAUUCUCAGGACCCGUAGGAAAAGGCAGGCAUCAGCCGGAUCGAUUCCUGCUCUUGUCACGCCGCACCCUCAUCAUCAUCAUCAUCAUCAUCAUCACACGAAGGACUUGACGUGAGGUGUUGGCCAUGUCGUGGGAGAGCAAAAAGUGUACACGGGGAUCAACAGCAGCGUUAUUUGUAACGAGCGACGCGACGGCCGCACUCUCACUGUUAGCAUUAACAAAGGAACAUAAGGAAGCUCAUUAAAGGACUAAUCAAUGAAAUGUGGUCUAUGGUCUUCUGGUUGGUCAUUACUGUACCUCCAUGAUGUGUCAAGUGUGUGUGUGCAUGCGCGUGUGGGUGUGUGAUCCUUCAAAAGGGAACGUGCUUUUUUUUUUUCUUUUUUUUUUUCCUCAGCUUGAACCAGUUAGCACUUUACAGUGAAUUGUUCCAAAAUCAUUGAGCUUCUAUGGAUUUUUGUGAAAUGCAAUGCCAGUUCACUUAUUUUUAAAUGCAUUUUAUCUCUUAUUCGAAAACUGUUUUUAUUUUUAUUUUGAAUUGUUUUCCAGUCGCUCCAUUUUAGUUCCUCGGGCAUACUUGAACAUUGUGUGUGCCCUGUGACGUGGGGUAAUAAAGAUAUGACUUAUG